UAAAAUAUAUGGUUGAGUUAAUUGAGAAGAGGAACAGGUUGAGUCAAAGUGGUAAUCCUACUACUUGUUCUGUGAAUAUUGGAGAGGACAUGAGUUGUCCUUCGGAGCAAAAGAACAAUGAAGGAGGAAAAAAAGAGUCAAAUGGGGGCUUAGUACCUCAGCUUGCUGUUGAGGGUGAAAUUCACAACUCACUUUCUAAGUCCAAAAAGAAGAAGCUAAAACAUAGAACUUGUAGUAGCCCGAUUAUCAUUAGUGAUGAUGAGGAGUCUAAAUCGUCGUCUGAAAAGGACUGUGAGGUUGACAAACUCACUCUUACUGAAGAGAAGGAACAGGUUCCUGUCAAAGAAACACUUCCUUUAACAUUCCAGUUUGAAGACGAGGAACCUCUUCCACCCGAGAAAGAAGAAUGGGAAAAGGAGACUGACGAUCUCUUUGCUGAAAUGGACAUGUGUAUUGGCUUUACAAGUCCAUCUGUUUCACCGAUGCAGAUUGAAAACCUAAGUGGCUGUCAGAUGGGGAACCACCAUCUUAUUCUAGAUGAGGAAAUUGGACUCAUCUGUGAAGUUUGUUUCCACGUGCAUUUGGAGAGCAAGUACAUCUUCCCUCCUUUUGCUCAGAGAAGUCAAGGGAGGUAUUGAAAGAAAAUAUUUUGGAGAGUCGUCAUCACUCUUGGAUGUUGACGGCUUCAGAUUUUCUGAUUCUUCCGCAUUCCAGGAUUCUCUAAUUUAUGGAGAAGGAACUAUGAACGUCAAAGAUUACUUUUUUGGUAAUCUGUAUUAAUUUAGUGCCAUGGAACUGUUUCUUUUUGUACUCCUAGAGAAAUUUUCCAUAACAUGAGCUGAGGAUUCUCCUCAUGUUUGAUUGAGGAAUAAGCUUUGGUUCACUGAAGAUGUUGGAUUCAUAAUUUGGAUUUUACUCCUCAACCGAUUAUAGUUUUCGUUAAGACUUCCUAGAAACUGC